UUUCAGCCACAUUUGGGUUGGGCGUCGUCGCUUCCUCGUAGUUUAGAUACUAUUUGUGAAAGUAAAAGUUGGGAGAUACUCAAAACAUUAAAUAUUAACGUUGACGCGACUUAUUAUUCUGUUUUAAUUGCCUGAAGAGAAGAUGCAACAACUGCAGAUGUUAGUUUUUUCUCUCUUCCUGCUGUGGAUUUCACCUCCAGUCGACGCGCUUGAAAGAAUUGUGUAUGGUGCAGAAGGUGAUGACGUUGUCCUCACACCACCUCUUGGGUCUCCUGCCAUCACAAGCAUUCAAUGGACACAUGGAGAGGACAUCGUUGCAGAGUGGUAUCAAGUGUAUGGAACUGAGACAUAUUGUCUUACCAAGUUCGAAGGUCGCUGCAAGCUGAAUCUUUUGACCGGGGCGCUGACAGUCACAGGACUGACUAAAACCGACAGUGGAAUCUGCAAACCUGAGAUCAACAACAAAUACCCCGACCCAACUCGUCUCAUCGUCAUCUCUCGUGUCCCUAAACCCGCCGUCUCCAAAUCAUGUAACACUGAGAUGACCGCCUGUAAUCUGACCUGUGAAGGCAACACGACACAAUCAGAACCCGUCGACUGUAAGUGGUUUCUAGAUGAUGCAGAGGGACCUUCAGGCAAGGUGUUGACCAUAACAAAGGAGAUGAAGGAGCUGAAUUACCAUUGUAUAUUUGUCAACCCAGUCGGCAACAAAAGCAGUGAUAUCAUGACAAACCCCUUACUCAAAGCAGAAAAUGUCCAGUUGGUAACUUGGCCAGUAGCAGUAGCAGUAGCAGUAGCAGUAGCAACAGCAGCAGGGGUUAUUUUGGUUCUUGUGUUAAUUGGAUAUCUCAUCUACAAAUGCAGAACUGAUAGACGUUCAUAUACAUUAACAUCCACCAAGGAAGACAACAAUUCUACAGUGGUCCAUGUCCCACCAACCACUCAGGACUCCAAUUCUCUCAGCAAUGGAUCUGUGAUCCCAGAGGAACAAAGGGCAUCCAACGAGGCUUCAGAUUCUAUUCCGCUCCGAUAUGUCCUCAAUGGAGCUGUAAAGGCAUCAGAGAUUUCAUCCAACAAUGACCUGACGACUUCUACAUCCCCAGAGGCCGGCAAGGAAGCUGAUAUCACAUUGGAGAUGGGUCCAGCAUCCCCCCAGGAUUCAAUCACUCCAGAGACUGGCAAGGAAACUGAGAUCACAUCUGAUGUGGUUGAGAAGUCUGACAAGAACUCAACGACUCCUGCUUCCCCCGCCAGCAGCCAGGAAACAGGCGAGUCCAAUUUAAACACACUCCAUGUCCGAUCAACAUACUAUUUUUUUCUUACUCUUAUCUUAGGGUAUAUUUUAAGAUUAUGUUUGUAUUUAUAUCAAAUGUGUUCCCCACUUAAUUAAUUUAGUUUUUGCAACAAACAACUUGAUUCCAUUUUUAUGGGACUUCAGCACAGAAACAGCAUCAGCAGCUUUACAUUCACAUUUUUUAAAAUGAAUCCAAGAGCAAGGUGCAUUUACUCUUGCACACACAGCAAAUUUAUGAAUAAAUGAAAAAUGACACAAAUACAUUUUUAGUAUUAUAAUAUAUAAUUAUGUGUAAUUAUAAUAAAUUACUUGGGCGGCCUGCCUAAGCCUGUCUUCAUCUUGCUUAUAAUAGUUGUAAAUACAUAGUACUUUUAUCUUUAUUUUUAUUUAUUCCUAUAUAUUUUUAUUUUAUUAACACUCAUAUGCAUGAUCUUCCUGUUGUCUUUUACUGCUGCAGCACUUGAAUUUCCCCACUGGGGAUCAAUAAAGGAUUAUAUUAUCUGAUCAUGUAUGUGUAGGAAACACUGAGUUUAACAAUAUGUCGUACAUAACCCCUAAAAUAAACUUUAUUGGAUCUAUAAUCAAUAAAAUAGAAUAAAAACAACCCUGUGUCUCUAUCAUCUGAUAAUCCUACGUUACAAUAUUAUUUGUCUGUCUGUAUUUACAUACAUCACUAGAAAGCCGGAUUUAUUUAUUAUAUAUAUUUAUGUAUAUUUAUUUAUAUAUAUUUAAUAGCCGUGUUGGAGUCCCAUGUUGGAUACAUUUGGCACAUUUAAAUAAGAACUAACUAACAUCGGGCAUUUAGGUUUUUAUUAGGUGUGAGCUCUAUUUGGUUUAAAGCACAAACGAGAGAUGUAUGAAAAGAGAAAGAGACCAGUGUUUACUGCAUCUGUUCAGUUUUUUUAUUGCGGUUAGAAGAAAAAAAUCAGACUGUUCUGCCUUUUUGAUUUUUUUUUUUUCAUCCUUUGACAGAUGACCUGGCAGCGAAGCCAGCCGACCAAGAACAAACCAACCAAGAGCCACCAGCAGCUGAACAGGAAGCAGAUGAUGCAGGAGAUCUCGACGAACACUGAAGUAUUUUCACUUCUUUUUGUCACUAAAAUAAUAAGUCAGAGAGAGAGUCUGCUCUAUGUCAAGAUGUUACAGUCAAGACGUGUGAACAUGGAGACAGAUGACUACUCCUGCAAGACCAAGUUUCAGAAUGUUGUUUUUUUUUAUCUCUGAUGUUUCAUUAGUACUUCAUGCAGUGUGUCUGUGAAGUCUUCCUGUUCAGGGGUCACAAUGACGAAGGAGGACAUGCAAACAAAUAGCUGCUGUUUGAUCUCACCUUCAACAUUUCAAAGUCACUUUAUGUGUUUCAGGAGCACAGAGUCAUAGGAGUGUACACUUCAGUGUCCCGCUGCUCUAGUCCAGUGCAAUAUGAUUGUAAGAGUGUGGUCAAAAUGUAGUUAUCAGAUAUAGGGUAGUUGUUCAUAUGAAGAAGGCAAAGGGUGACAUGAAGUACUUUGAAAGGUCUUACAACACAUCUGCCACUGUUUCAAGACAAACACAUUCAAUAAGUGACCUUUGUGUUGAGCUGAAACAUCAAGUUAUUUAGAAUCUUCCACACUUCCACUUCUUCCUCUUUUGGGAUAAAAAUACUUGUGCUUCUUCUAAAGCUGUUUUUAACAUGAUGAGUGAAUAUAUUUUCUUCUUUUAGUAGUUUAUAGGACGUUAGCCUCUGUACAUAGACUUCACGACAUAACUGCUAGGCUAUCAGUGCUCCUUACAACAGAUUAUCAUCAGCAAAAAACAUCUGCAGGUUUUAUUCCAUCUGAUCUGACUCCUGAAGUUACUCAUUUUAAAUCAUCCUCAGUGAGUAUUUUGGUCAGAUUGUGGCUGAAACAAAGAAAAGGGACUGUUUUGAUAUCUUUGUGAUUCCUUUAAAUUUUGAUAUCACCACCAAACCUCAACAUUAUUUGUGUAGAUCAGAAACAAGCUCCAGGUGCUUCUUUCCUUAAAGUGACUAAACUUGAAUGGUGCAAAAAAGAACUGAGACAAACAAUCAGCCUCCUCCGAGGCCGCGGUGUAAAUCAGAUCCCCGUUACAACUUGAAUAUUUAUCAGGUCUUAGUCAAUGUUUUAUUUUGCACCAAGGCCAACACCUUAAGUCACUUUGAAAAGCCAAAGCCCCUUUGAAUCUUGAGUAUGUAUCUGCAGCUGCAUUUGUCAUUUAAACUUCAGAAAAACAAAACAAAAACAGUUUUUCAAAAGUCUUAAAUAGCAUCUAUUUUUCCUACCACAGGAACAUUAUUAUUGGCAGAGUAUUCCAGAGUUUGUUGCACUUAAAGGCAUUUAAUAAUGUAAAAAAAAAAAUAUAUAUUUAUGAGGAUUGUUUUUAGAUUUUGUAAGGGCAACACUUUUUAGAUGCUAGCAUGCCAAAAAGAAGAAUUGUAUAUUUUUGAGGUAAAGAAAUUAAUUAUCUGUGUUCCACGAGGGAGGCAUUUUAGUCGCCACAACAGCGUGACAUAUUUUCAUGAAGGGAAGAAGACAACCUAUUUAAAUUAUAAAAGACCAUUCAUGUAUUUUCUGCUACCAAAAAAUGUAUUGCAAAGUGAAAACAUGCUGCUCCAGCUGUAUCUCCCCCAUAGUAUUUAUUUUCUAUCUGCUGCUGUAGUUCCACUGUUGACCACUGCAGGGCAUCAUACAGCUGCUGUGAAAAAACUGUCAGUUCUUCUUUAUGGACUGCUGGUAAAGAUGGCUGACACUGACAUGUUUCCUUUUUUUAAUCCCUUCAUUAACAUGAAUCAGUUUGGUGUUUUUCCACCACAUCUGCUUUAAAUUAGUGAAACAGAAAAAUCAUGGAAACAAUUGUUCAAUCUCUCAUUGUAGAUCGACUGG